UUGAAACACCUGGUUGAACCUAGAUUAAUUUAAUCAAUUGAUUUAUGAAUCGGAUAUGAAUCAAGAAAGUUUCAACCUGAACACUAUUUGCCGCUUCUGUCUUAGCAGCGAAGGACAACAGUACCUGCUAUUUGGACUUCAUAAGGAUCCGGAUCUGGUUAUCGAGAAUGUUCGACAGCUAACCACGAUACAAUUAUCCAUAGCUGAUGGUGUUGAUUAUAAAAUCUGCGAGAAAUGCUGCGCUGACUUCGAACUGUGUGUCAAGUUUCGUGAGAACUGCAUUCAAUGUGACCAAACUUUGAAAGAAAUUCAAUCGUUUAGGGAGAAUGCAAAUACCAAACAGAAUGUUUUCGACGUUUCAAACGACACCGGCGAGGACCAAGUGAAAUCGAGAAAUGACAACAACGUUACAAUUAGUCACCACCAUUUGGGUACGAAUGAAAACCUUGCAACACCCGAUAAUAUCUUCCUGGAACAGUACGGGCUUAGUUUUAUGGCACCCCCGCUUAUGGACAGUAGUAAUUGGUCCGAACCAAGUUGGAUGGGUUUUCCGUGGGAACAAAAUGAGCUGCCGCACGAACCUUUGCACGUUUCGAAUCAGCUUUUUUUGUCUCCCUUGCCGUCGAGCGAACUAGAACCGGUCGACAGAAAUCAAGCAAGUUCCAAAAUAAUACGAUCAAAAUACUUCUGCAAAAUUUGCGAAAAGCACUUCUUUCAGAAGAAUGUACACAUGCAGCACCACGAUAAAUAUAGCAAAUCCUGCUUCCAAUGUUUGGAUGAAAAGUUAAUAGGAGUGUACCGACCGGAAACAGCGUUAUCACGCCACACCUGUCGGACCUGUCUAAGCGUCAACAAUAACUGCGCCGAAUUUCUCCAGCACACAAUCGCUCAUCAUGCAGAGCAACACCGGGACAAGCACUCCUACAAGUGCGAUCAGUGUGAUAAAGUUUUCGUGAUGAAAACCGACAGCAGCAGGGGAAAAGUGCAUAAUUGCGUUAAAAAACUCCGAUGCCCGCACUGUCCGCAGGCAUUCUAUUACGCGAAAAGCUACCGAAAGCACCUGCAAUUUUAUCACAACGUUCAACCUGCCACAAUUCAGAGUGGAUUCAUGUCCCAAAAGACAUCGAGUAACUGAAAUAUUUUACUGCGAGUAUGAAUAAUGACUAUCCACUCUUGAUGGAAGCACUUCAAA